AUGGCCCGCACACCUCAGCAAGCACUGACCCGUGCCGACUACACGGUCGCAUGCAUCUGCCCCAUGGAAGUGGAGCUGGCUCCAGUUGAAGCCAUGCUCGAAGAGAUCCACGAACCUCUCCCCACCGGGCGCGACCAGAAUGCGUAUACAUUGGGAAAGAUCGGCGGACACAACGUGGUGGUGGCAAUCAUGCCCGAGAUCGGAAACAACGCGGCGGCCACGGUGGCGACGCAGUUACUCAACGACUUCCCUUUGAUCCGAUUUGGUGUUCUGGUGGGCAUUGGAGGAGGAGUACCGGGAGACGAGGGUGAAGAUGACGUCCGAUUGGGCGAUGUGGUAGUGAGCCAGCCGACAGCCACGUUUGGAGGGGUGGUGCAGUACGAUCUAGGGAAGAGACUCGUGGACGGGGGUUUCGAGAGGACAGGACAGCUGAACAAGCCGCCAUCGGUGCUGAGUGCCAACGUGCGGAAGCUGCAGGCUCAGCACUCACGAGUAGGAAGUCAGAUAUCGAGGUACCUGUCGGAGAUGAUACACAGAAACCCGAAAAUGCAGAGUCGAUACUCGUUCCCAACUGCCGACCAUGAUCGGCUGUUUCUCGCAUCCUACACGCACCAACCUGGCGUGACCUGUGACCAGUGCGAUCAACAACAAACGGUAUCUCGCCCCACUCGACCGGACAACGAACCGCGAAUACAUUAUGGCAUGAUUGGGUCAGCGAACAUCGUCGUCAAGAAUCCAGUGGUGCGCGAUGAGCUGAAGAGGGAUAUGAAAAUCCUGUGCAUGGAGAUGGAAGCAGCCGGGCUGAUGAACGACUUUCCGUGUCUCGUCAUCCGCGGCAUCUGUGACUACGCCGACUCGCACAAGAAUACGCGAUGGCAGCCAUACGCGGCGGCGGUAGCAUCAGCAUACAUGAAGGAGCUGUUGACGGUCAUCCCGGCUCCACAGGUGGCGCAGACACGAAAUGCCGUUGAAAGUACAGCAUCACCGUUUCAGCUAGGUCUGCAUCUUGGAGAGGCUCCUGUGAUCGACCCGAACCUCUUUGUUGGACGCCUUUCCGAGCUGGAGAGGAUGGAAGAGAUCCUCCAAGGCAGUCAAUCUGGAGAACAGCGUCGAUUGAUCCUCAGCGGUAUGGGCGGCAUCGGCAAGACACAGCUCGCCAUUGCCUAUGCCCAGCGCCACCGCGGCUCAUACGAGUCAAUCUUCUGGUUGAAUGCCGUGUCGGAGGUUGCUCUCAAGACGAGUCUGCGAUCGAUGGCAGAACGGGUCAUGGAGGUGGCGGAAUACGAGCAGCUCGAAGAUGAGCAGAUCCUCCUCCGUGUUCGCCGAUGGCUAUCGGAUACGGCCAACACCCGAUGGCUGUUGAUCUUCGACAAUUACGAUGACCCAGACGUUUUCGAUAUCGGAAAAUACUAUCCCCACGCUGCUCACGGAUCGAUCAUUAUCACGACGCGCCUGCCAGAUCAUGUCAGCGGAAAAUCGAUUCAUGUUCGACCCCUCGAGCAUGUUGAUGAAGGCCUGCAAGUUCUGGAGACGAGGUCCGAGCGACAAAAUGUCCAAGUCGAUGUUUAUGCCCGUCGUCUCGCCGAGAGGCUUGGAGGUCUUCCGUUGGCUUUGGUCACUGCUGGAGCAUAUCUUCACAAGAGCAUCUUGAGCUUCGAGCAAUAUCUCCAAGAGUACGAGAAGCGAUGGGACCUCAAUCCACGAAGACCACUCCGGCUUCAGGAAUAUCGAGAUCGCACGCUGUACACGACUUGGCAUUUGUCAUACACCCGUCUGGAGAAUGAUGAUCCUGCCGCGGCAAAGCUGCUCAAGCUGCUGGCCUACUUCGACCAUCAAAAUGUGUGGUAUGAACUGCUCUAUGCUGGCGUCAACGACGAUUUGCCGGGUUGGCUUCUCGAUGCGACGGGUGACCCGGUUGACUUGGGGAGCAUCAUGAGAACACUGGUCGAGUACUGCUUUGUGGAAGUUCAAUGGACGACCAAGUCGUACAGUAUGCACGCGUGUGUGCACGACUGGACGUUGGCGGGACUGAACAAAAGGGUUGACCUCGACAGCUAUUGGUAUGCGUUUGACUGUGUUGCCUCUUCGAUUGAUCGGGACGAGUGGGAAUAUCUUGGGCACCUGCGGCAUUCUCGGCUGACACCACAUGCAGCGAGACUAGCACACGAUCGCUUUAUCAAAGCCGGUCUCCUCAAUGAGAUUGUAGAUGACCGAGUUGAGAAAGCUGAAUAUAUUGCACAACUGCUCAAGAAGCAAGUUCAGCUCACUGCAGCAGCAGUAAUGCUCCAGCAGGCACUGGCUGGGAAGGAGAAAGCACUUGGACCCGAUCACACCUCAACUCUUGACACAGUCGACAGUCUCGGCCUUCUGUAUUGUGAUCAAGGCAAGCUGGACCAAGCGGAGGAGAUGUACAUACGAGCACUGGCAGGGUACGAGAAAGCACUUGGAUCUGAUCACACCUCGACUCUUAACACGGUCCACAAUCUCGGCGUUCUGUAUCAUGAUCAAGGCAAGCUGGAUGAGGCGGAGGAGAUGUACAUGCGAGCACUGAUAGGGAGGGAGAAAGCACUUGGACCCGAUCACACCUUGACUCUUGACACCGUCCACAAUCUCGGCGUUCUGUAUCAUGAUCAAGGCAAGCUGGAUGAGGCGGAGGAGAUGUACAUGCGAGCACUGAUAGGGAGGGAGAAAGCACUUGGACCCGAUCACACCUUGACUCUUGACACGGUCAACAAUCUCGGUAAUCUGUAUCGUGAUCAAGGCAAGCUGGACCAGGCGAAGGAGAUGUACAUACGAGCACUAACAGGGAAGGAGAAAGCACUUGGACCUGAUCAUACCUCCACUCUCCACACGGUCCACAAUCUCGGCAAUCUAUAUAGUGAUCAAGGCAAGCUGGACCAGGCGAAGGAGAUAUACAUGCGAGCACUAAUAGGGAGGGAGAAAGCACUUGGACCUGAUCACACCUCGACUCUUGACACAGUUAAUAAUCUCGGCGUUCUGUAUCGUGAUCAAGGCAAGCUGGACCAGGCGGAGGAGAUGUAUAUGCGAGCACUGACAGGGAAGGAGAAAGCACUUGGACCUGAUCACACCUCGACUCUCCGCACGGUCAACAAUCUCGGCGUUCUAUAUCGUGAUCAAGGCAAGCUGGACCAGGCGGAGGAGAUGUACAUGCGAGCACUGACAGGGAAGGAGAAAGCACUUGGACCUGAUCACACCUCGACUCUCCGCACGGUCAACAAUCUCGGCCUUUUAUAUGAUGAUCAAGGCAAGCUGGACCAGGCGGGGGAGAUAUUCGAGCGAGUUGGAAAAACACCAAUAAAGCAACCAGCCCUGUGGUCCAGUGGCAAGACUUCGCUAUCAAGUUAUCAAAAGACCCGGGUUCGAAUUCCUGGCGGGGCCGUUUCUGUAGAUCCACGAUUGUGA